AGAGGGAAAGUGAAAAGGAGGGGAGUCAGCGAUGGCCAAUGGACCUGACUUGUUGCCGGGGGGUACUGGAUCCCCGGGGGGAUGUUCCAGAGAGAUGGACGUGGUAAUGACGAGUGCUUGAAGGUGGGUUAAAAGAGACUCGUUCAGUGCUGCCGACCGCAAAGGCCGGUAACGGCGGGUCGCUUGCAAAGCCGGCUGGACAAGCCCGCCAGCUGAUUGCCCCCAGCAGACCAUACGGCCAACCACCUAUAACCAUCAGCCAAGUCACCGCUGUUGUGUGAUCGAAACCACCAUGCUCUUUCUAUUGAUGUGUGUACAUCAGCUUCUAGAAGAGGGUUGAUGCGACGCUCGACUUGGGACAGACUAGAUGUUCAAUGGAGCAAAGCCCCCAUCUCCUCUGACCCUCUUCACGUCCACGUCCUCCGCGCCGCUCACUUUGUUCAGCGUCCAUGCCGACCGUGCGCUUCCCGAAGACAGCGGCGCUGUCUUCCUGUACGAUGACACUGACCAGCAGUUGGACAGUGCUGAGAAUGAUCCGACUCGGCUCGCUCGUGACGUACGCCGAUUCAAGCUGUGUAGCCAAUCUGGAAAAGGCCAAGUGACCUUACCGGGUGCUGAUGGGCCUAUCUUCCACGCAAGCAGCCGGCCGGGCAGGCGACUUUCAGAAACCGUUCUUCACCUCCAGAGUCCGAAUAUCAAGGCCACUAUGCUGCGAUGUCCGCCUCUAGGCUCUUCUGGCGCGCCCACAUUCUCACCCGAGGCUGGAGCUACAGUGGCACAAACGGAGAUGGCGCUUGAAGGUCUGCCCUUCUUGCAUCUUCACCUUGCACCUCUGGACGGCAUCGGUGGCCGCGCCCGACCGUUAAGUCUUGAGGUCGGCGUGCGUGACGCACGGGGGCAAUUGGCUCGCAUACGAGCGAGCACUUUCCAGCGCGACGCGAGCCUCUAUCUUCCAGUGCGGAAUACAAGCUCAGACAUGACUGGGAGCCCCCUACUGCAUCUUCCUCUCGACCUGCCAACUUCACCAGCCAAAGAUCCGACCGCGCUCACCGCUUGGUCUGUCAUGAGCUUGCCCUUACACCGUCUCAUUAAGCUGUUCAACAAUUCGUCAUUACAGCAUGCCGCACAGGAGCAUAUAUCAUCUCAUACACAGCAGGACGUUCAAGGGCAGUGUAAGCGGAUCGAAGGGUUCAAAAGCAUCGCAUACAUUCAUGUUCACGCUAAUGUACGACUCAGGCGGAUAUGGUGCACUAGCGACGGAUCAGUCGAACCGGGCAAGACGAAUGACCCGGAGAGCAAAGGCUUCCCGGAAUUUUGGCUGGUCCAUGCGGCUUGAAGGGUAUGUGGCGACAACACCCCACGCGCUCGAGACCAUCGUGCACUCCCCGGGAAAGCAACCAAAGUGUGGAGGUCCAGAUGGUGCCAUCAGGUUUCAUUUCCUUCAGCAUCUAUGUACAAUAAUCACACUCAGCGCAUUCAUGAGGAAUGUACAGGUAUGCU